CCUGUAAAGAUGUCUGAGGCGGCGGGGAGGGAGCGGAGCCGAGGACCCGACACACACGGACAGGACCCGCAGCGCUCCGCUUUGACCCGCUCCAGCGUGGAUGAAUCCAAGAUGGCGUCUGAUCAGACCUCAGUGAAGGGAGACUCCGCCCCCGCGUCCUCUCAAGCCCCGCCCCUUUCUCCAAACACGCCCACGAAGCCACCUGAGCUGCCAGAUGAGCUGGUGCAGGCGGGCUGGUCUAAGUGCUGGAGUCGCAGAGAGAAUCGUCCGUAUUAUUUUAACAGAUUCACUAAUCAGAGUCUGUGGGAGGUGCCGGUCCUGGGCCAGCAUGACGUCAUCUCGGAUCCUCUGGGGCUGAACGCCGCUCCGGCCGAAGGAGGAGACGCCAACGGGAGGAAGAGGAGGAUGAGCGAAGAGCAAACCACCAACAAGCGCCCAAAGGUGGAGCCGAGCACGCCCAUCUCCCCCUCCACCCCCGGAGUCAAACCCUGGAGCUCAGAAGAAAAACAGCCCUGUGCCGCGCCCGCCACGCCCACGCCCGCCACGCCCGCCACACCCGCCACGCCCGCCACGCCCACGCCGACCACCCCCGCGCCCUACAGACCUGCCGUUAUUUAUUGGGACCUGGACGUGCAGACAAACGCUGUGAUCAGGGAGAAGCCUCCUGUUCCUCUGCUGCCUCCACAUCCAGAGAUCGAACUGCAGAGGGCGCAACUGGUCACCAAACUGAGACAGCACUACCACGAGCUGUGUCUGCAGAGAGAGGGCAUAGAUCCUCCUCGUGAGUCAUUUAACCGUUGGCUCCUGGAGAGAAAGGUCAUCGAUAAAGGUCACGACCCUCUGCUCCCGAGCGACUGUGACCCCAUCAUCUCCCCCAGCAUGUUCAGAGAGGUCAUGAACGACAUCCCCAUCAGAUUGUCUCGAAUCAAAUACAAAGAAGAGGCUCGAAAACUUCUGUUCAAAUACGCCGAGGCCGCCAAGAAGAUGAUCGACUCCAGGAAUGCCAGCCCUGAGAGCAGGAAGGUGGUGAAAUGGAACGCAGAGGACACGAUGAACUGGCUCCGAAGAGACCACUCCGCCUCCAAAGAAGACUACAUGGAUCGUCUGGAGCACCUGCGUCUUCAGUGUGGACUGUAGUAGUAGUAGUAGUAG